GCCACAGAGUCACUGUUCUCCAUCAUUAUCAAAGUGUCGGUGCUGUAGGAAGUCACAGAAGACAUCCUGUGGAUAGGGCUAACUUUUUACCCUUUUUUUCACCAACUCUGCGAACUCAUAUUGUUUCAGCUUUUAGGCAAACGUAUUUUUUUUUCAGAGAACAUGUUGACUCCAUUAGGAAGCCCUCAUCUAUGGAAGCGUGGGAAGUCUGGGCUGAAGUCUUAGUGCGGUCAUGCAACUCUCCUAAGGCGAGCCAUGUAAGAACAUUAGUUCUUUGCGAGCAAUUAUCACAUUUCAGACUUUUUAGGAAAAAAGUUGAUGUGGUAAACUUCUAUUGACUGAGCUGGUGAAUAAUGGAUGACAACCUUAGCACAUUAGUGUCUGCUUCAGGGAACAUCACUUCCCCCUACCACCCUGCUGAGGGAUCCUGGAUCCUCCUCGUUUUGGUCACUGUCAUUGCCAUUAUAGUGGCGGGAAACCUGCUGGUCAUCAUCGCUAUUGCUUCCACUUCCCAGCUCCAGACGACAACAAACAUCUUCAUCAUGUCUUUGGCGUGCGCUGACCUCAUCAUGGGGGUCCUGGUGGUGCCCCUGGGGGCCACCAUUGUGUUGACAGGCAACUGGCAGCUGGAUGAAAUCUCAUGUGAUUUCUGGACCUCGGUGGACGUCUUGUGCGUGACGGCAAGCAUCGAGACGCUCUGUGUGAUAGCAGUGGACCGCUACAUAGCCAUUACGAGGCCACUCAGACACCAGGUUCUGCUGUGUAAGUGGCGCGCCAGGGCAAUCGUUUGUUUAGUGUGGCUCGUUUCCACCUUAAUCUCCUUUGUGCCAAUUAUGAAAGGAUACUGGCGUGCAGAUGACGAGUAUGAAGCCAGGAUGUGCUACGAUGUCCCCACUUGUUGUGACUUCGUUACCAACCGGGCCUACGCCAUUGUAUCUUCUACAGUGUCUUUUUACAUUCCUCUCUUCAUAAUGAUCUUUGUGUAUGCAAAGGUCUUCCUAAUAGCAAGGCAACAGGUGCAGCUCAUUGAUAAGAAUAGAAUGCGUUUCAAGCAUGAGUGUCUGACUCUGCAAAUGCAAGUUGGUUCCAACCACAACAAUGUCCUCCAGUCAGAAUGCAUGGGCCAGGGUGCAUGCAACAGCGCCAUGGGAAGGAAGGGCGUCAAGCGAAGACCAUCACGGUUAUUGCUUGUGAAAGAACACAAAGCCUUAAAAACCUUGGGUAUCAUCAUGGGGACCUUCACUGUGUGCUGGUUGCCGUUCUUCGUCGCCAACAUCAUCAACGCUUUCGACCGAAACGUUCCAUCAGAGAGGAUAUUCAGACUCUUAAACUGGCUGGGCUACGUCAACUCUGGUCUCAAUCCCAUCAUCUACUGCCGCAGCCCAGAGUUCCGCACUGCUUUCAAGAACCUUCUGGGUUGCCCGUGGCUGUCAACCCUGUGGAUCAACACAUUCUAUAAAGAACUGAGAACUCGAUGCUCGUGCUUUCCAUGGCAGACCGAGUCGGGCUUGGCAGGCUCUUUCCACAAAACUCCAACUGGUAGCCUGGCCAGUACUCAAGGGAGCAACAAGAGCGAAGAGGCUUCACCUAUUCCAAUCCAGUCCAACGGCAACACAAUGUUCAGCGACUUAUCACAACCUGAACCCAAAUUCACGGUGCGUCCUCCCCUAACCCUAACCCACCAUGACGAUAGAGAACAUUGCGAGUGCCAGAACUUUGAUAAAGGAGGUGUGCUUCCCCGGAGAUCCAGACCAACGUUGCGAUGAGAUGGAAGUGUCAAUGGGUGAAUGUUUGAUCAUCCUAAAUAUUGUCUGUUUCAAUGCAGAUGUGGUGGCCUGGUUGGAAUUAUUUUGCAUUCAUGCACCACUCAGGUAGUGUGCGCCCUUUCCAAGUGUCUAGAACCCAAAAACAGUGACAGUACAGUACAUGGUCCAACUGUCAACACAGGGCUUAUGAAAAUAAUUGCUGUACUGCUGUGUAGUGUGUGUUUCACACAGUUGCUGGCUGUCAAAACCUAUCAAAAAGACAUGCUAAUGCUGACAACAUUGCUACUUGAUCUGUGUUGAAAACGUCAAUAUCAAAAAACAGACGAUGGCGAGCACAGAUAGCACCACAUUAGAUGAUCUGAACAAAAACCGGGGGUCUCAUCUAAAUUGGAUGGAAGUCUGACUAAAAGUCUCGUAUGCCAGAUUUUGCUAGAUGAGCCCAACCUGCAAGGACAUCUUUGUAAAAAAACAAACAAAAAACUUAAUGUACUGUACUUAAUGUAACUUAAUGUUUUGUUGUUGUAUGUGAUCUAUGGCAGUGGUCCCCAAACUUUUUUGACCCACGGACCGGCUUGUGCCGACCCCCCAUCCACCACUUCAAAUUAUUACAUCGCUGUUUGACAUGUGUGGUAAAAAGGCAGUGUGCUAGCAUGAAUUAACGAGACAAAUGUGCACAUUAGCACUCAAUAAGUCAUCAAAACUUACCUUUAUGCAUUCCCACAUAGUAUCAGCAUUUGAGACCAAAAUGAGGUGAAAGAAAAAUGCUAAAAAUAGAGUAGUCUAUUUGUGCGGCGAGAGAAAGUUAGCACACGCACAAUGGACAUGCGUCAAGUGACACUGAUGUAACAGAGAAUCCGGCCACUUUUCAAAAUAAAACAUAAAGAAAUUAAAUAAUGGAAAUUAUUUUUUCUUUCUGUGCGGCCCGGUACCAAAUGACCCACGGCCCGGUACCAGGUCACGGCUCGGGGGUUGAGGACCACUGAUCUAUGGCAUCUGUUAAAUUGGGCAAGUGCAGCGUUACAGUGUAUACUGUACGUAAGAUGUGGAUAAAGCACAGAAUAGCACUUGUUCAAGGAAUACACUUGUGGCGUGGACAAACACAGAUCAUUGGCAGCAAAGCUACAGACACACAAAACAGCGUGUUCCCAGGAGCAGGGCUUACUAAAAUCCCUUUUAAACUGUCAAAAUUCCAGUAUUAAGGCAAGAUUUUGUCCAACACACUAAUACACCUUGGGACCUAUCAUAAUCCUUCGCAUUGCAAUGACGUCAACUAGCUCUGAGAGAUUAAUAAACUUUGCUAGUUGUAGGGUCGUGAGUAUCACUGUAAUGGCUCACUGCACCACUGCAUCCGACAUGUCGAUGUCCAUCUGAAUAAAUGCAUGGCUCUUAUCUCCAAGAGCCAUUUGUUUACAUCCUCGCACAAUACAGUACAUCUCCCACCUUUGACAUUUGUGGUAGGGUUUUGUAGUCUCACCCCGAGGGUGUUUACAUUUUUGCUGAAGAAAGUUGUGUAUGUUAAUGUGUGUUCUUCUUCUUCUUAUUAUUAUUAUUUUCUAACAUAAUCUUCUCACUCUGAGAAUCACAUUGCUGAUACUGCAAGACGCAAAAUGCACUGCAAUAGCUAGUGUCACAUGACUGCUCCCCACUCCUCUUUUGGCAGUCACUCGUUAUCGCUGUACAGCCAGUGUUGCCACGAUUACCUUGGAAAAGUAAUCAGAUUACUGAUUACUCCUUUAAAUAUUUUACUUUAUUUUAAGUUAGAUUUCAAGUUACUUUAUUAGAUUCUUUUCCAGCUGCAGUCAGCUGCCUCAACAUUAAACUAAUCAUUUUAUUGGCAGGGCAUCUUUAACAUUAAUGUCAACAAUAUAUUUGCUGCCAUUGAAGGCUGAACUUUCCUGAAAUAAAUUGUUUUUUUCAUUUUGUAGAAAGGUGUUUAAAUAUUAAAAAGUGAUACAUAUUUAAAAACAAAGCGUUGCGUUAUUAUUGGUUGUUGGUGUCAACAUUUCAGCUUUUUCUCAGUUGUGCUUUUUGCUCUAUUUUUACAAUUGUUCUGUUUUCUUUUUUUUUAAAUUUUGUUUCUGCAGUGGGCCUCAGGCCAAGAACACAUGAGACACACUUUGGGCACCACUGCUUUUGUGGCUCGGGGUUGGGCAAACCAUAACUCCAUAUGGCUUGAUGGCUUACUGUUUUGGGUGGGCGAUGGUGGUUGAAAGGAGAGAGGCCAAAGUUUUGUUGCGACUGGAGCUGAUUGAUGCUUUACGACAGUCAGCCUUAAUGGCGCAGCUGGAAUACUUUUUUAAGGUUCACGUCACGCAACGCUUGUUGCUUGCAGGGGAAGGAAGGCGUGCUGGUGCGGUGUGCGCUGUCACCUCCGGCCGGGCUUUGAGGACUGAGAUCAGGGAGCUUGUGGGGUGUGUGUCUGUGGAGUGUGGAGGCGUACAGGCGUGUUCAUCGGUCAAAAUACAUGCCUGUUAGUCACUCUCCGGGAGGGGAGGUCAUUUAUUUUUUCCAAUAUUUUCGCAACUGGCGAAGACCCAAAGAUUGACAGGUUGGCAAUCCCUGCUCAAAAUAAUGGCUCUAUUUCCCACCAGAAAAUGCCCAUCUCUCGCCUCUCUCCGUUGUGUUGCUACAUGCUGACAAUGUGACUUGCGGCAUGCAUGACAUCACUCCCCGAAACACAAGAAGAAAGCAAAUACAGUAUCUCUUUUUACUAAGGAAAAUGACAAAAAUAGUAAUGCACAGUGACUUGUAUGAAUUGAAUCUGAUUACUGGUUUGUAAAUAGUAACACGUUAGAUUACUCAUUACUCUAAAAGUGGUUAUUUUAGAGUAACGUGUUACCGGCAUCUCAAUAAAUAGCUCUUUUGAGUGCAUGUUUUCAUGACAUGACAUGACAUGACAUUAUGAUCAGUGGUGCUGAAUUUAGAUUUGAAACACAUUAAAUACUGUGUACCUGCAUAUUUGUCAGCAAAAUUCAGCAAUGCAAGCUCGAUUGCUAGAGUUUAGUAGCCAACAUUUGCACUUGAAACAGACAUUUUCCACAAAAGAAGGGAAAAUGAUGAAAAUAAGGAGAGUUCUGGUAUUUCCGGGAGUGGGGAUUCACCUGUAUAAUCCCUUCUCUGAAACCACUAUUAGUAACAUAUAGGGAUGCUCUGAUCUAUCGGCCACCUAUCAAUAUUGGCCAAUUUCCGUAAAAAAACGUGCGAUCGGCAUAUGUCGAUAAACGCCUUUCAAAGCAGGUAACAAAAACCAAAAACUUUCCGUGCGGCGGAAAGUCCCACAUGUCUGCUGUGUCACACAGGGUUGCCACCAAAAUGACGCAUCUCGUAUUGAGCAGACAAGGGACGUACUUCAUCCCGUACUGCCGUGAAAAUCAAGUCUGUAAAACCUCAAUGGCUUCAUUUUCACAACUUGACACAGGCUACACCAAUCGAUGCCAGCAUGGUUUGUUCACUCCUUUAUCAAACUUAUUGCCAUUGGAUUUUUCUUGCAUCUUUGUUUACACACUUUGCCUGUCUGUCACUUGCUGUUCAAAGUACUGGCUGUACUUGACAUUACUUUACAUUGGCGGCAGCUAGCUAGCUAGCUAGAGUUAUGCACCUAGCUUCUGGACUUCAGACUCCAAAUGUGACUUUUUACCACAGUGAUAUUUUGUUUUUAAAACAAAAAAGGAACGCGGUUAGUUCGGAGCUCGUUUUUGUCCCACAGGGAAGCCACAAGUGGAUAUCACACUCAUGGCAUAUGUACUACACAAGUGGAUAUCACACCCAUGGCAUAUGUACUACACAAGUGGAUAUCACACUCAUGGCAUACGUACUACACAAGUGGAUAUCACACUCAUGGCAUACGUACUACACAAGUGGAUAUCACACCCAUGGCAUAUGUACUACACAAGUGGAUAUCACACUCAUGGCAUAUGUACUACACAAGUGGAUAUCACACACAUGGCAUAUGUACUACACAAGUGGAUAUCACACUCAUGGCAUACGUACUACACAAGUGGAUAUCACACCCAUGGCAUACGUACUACACAAGUGGAUAUCACACUCAUGGCAUACGUACUACACAAGUGGAUAUCACACUCACGGCAUAUGUACUAACUUUUUAAAUUGUUAUUUAAUUAAACAACUUCACUGUCUUGUUGUCAUAAUUAUUAUGUGUUGUCCUUAUUUGUGUGUUUAAUGAAAAUAAGCACAUGGUGUAUCGAGCCUUAUGAUGGUGAUACCAUCACAGGGGUCUCCUAUCUCCUAGCUGAUUUUACCUUCACAGUGUGUCAAAAAAUAUUUGCUUCAAUUUAGUCGUUUUUUUAUUACAACUGUUGAAUUCAGGCUUUAUACCUUUACAUAAUACAACAAAUGACCACAAAGACGAUGGCUACACUGUUUGGGUGGAGAUGUGCUUGGUACAUAACGUAGUGUACAAUUUAAAUGUUGCCAGUCACAAAUAAAACACAAAUAGUGGACAGCUCUAAUAGUGCUGAAAGAGAUAGAGACCCCUGCAACCUGGACACUGAAUUUAUUCUCUUUUAAGUUGAUCAGGACAGAUGUCUGUUUAAUAAAGAUAUUUAUUUACAUUAUUUUAUUCAGUUAAUUUUGUUAUCUUGAGCUAAAAAAUAAUUAUUGAACAGUUUAUUUCCCAUGUAUUUGUAUUACUCCAAAACAUGCAUCAAAUUAAAUUCAGGUUUGUUCCAAAACGCACACAAAUUGUUUCACACAAACAAAGGCAAACAUAUUUUUCAAAAUAAUGACCUAUUUACCAGGGGCCCUUGGAAUUGUCUAACAGGUCCCCUGAACAACAGAACUCAUCAUAAAUGAAUUGAAAAAUGUACAGUUAAUUCAUGUGAUUGGUAACAUAUGCUCUCAAUUUAAAUGCCCGUGAUUUGAAUCUGGCAUCCCUACUCUUUAGUCAGACUGAUUAGAUUAGAUUGUUCCAGCUCCUUAUACCAGUUUUAUUUACAUUCUGGCUAUUAAACUACAAAACUAAUAGGUUAUCCAUUCACAUGAUUCCACAAAAUGGAUGUUCCUCAAUCCUUGUGUCUUUUUUGUGGUCUGUCAUGUGGCGACAUUCUUGCCAUUUUCACUUUAUCCAUCCAUCCAUCCAUUUUCUGUGCCGCUUAAUCCUCAUUCGGGUCGCGGGGGUAUGCUGGAGCCUAUCCCAGCUGACUUUGGCCGACAGGCGGGGUACACCCUGGAUUGGUCGCCAGGCAAUCACAAGGCACAUAUAGACAAACAACCAUUCACACUCACAUUCAUACCUAUGGACAAUUUAGAGUCACCAAUUAACCUAACGUGCAUGUCUUUGGAAUGUGGGAGGAAACCGGAGUACCCGGAGAAAACCCACACACGCACGGGGAGAACAUGCAAACUCCACACAGAGAUCAAAUUAGAGACAAAUUUCAUAUUUUUUCCCACACACCUUCUUUGACAUGAUUUUUGUUGUUGUUCAUGGUCAUCCUCAAACUUGAUGGAUGGACGUAUUUGCAUUGCGUAGUGUGAGUCUUCCUGAACAGACGUAUGCAGUGGGCAUGACGGUAGUUGUGUUUGAAAACAAUAGUGAACUUGCGUAAAAGAAUGCAGGACUGAGGCAUGCUUACUGUAAUUAGCGAGAACAAAAAUACAGCACGAGGGAACUGGCAGAAUAGUGGUAUCAACAGUGUCUGCUCGUCAGGACGGCCAACAUACUUCGACAGGAAAAACAAUUGUCGCAGACUUUUAUCUGAUUGCAACUGACAUUCCAUAUAAGGUGCGUGCAGCAAAGGUUAAGAAGUUGCACAGUAACAUUCAGCCAGUUGCAUUUUGAAAAAAGACAAACUUCGUACUGGAAAUUUGCACAUACAGUAUGCCUGUCUGUGAAAAUGUAUUAGUCAUUCAGGGACCACACGACUGUUGCAAAUGUUGCCAUUCAGCUCCUUGUUAGAGAGCAGCAUGGACAGUUGACAGGAAAGUCAAACACGCACCACACGAGGGGUCACCAACGUGGUGCCCGCGGGCACCAGGUAGUCCCCCACGACCACAUGAGGUGCCCGCAAGCCUGCUUUUCAUUCAGGUUUUCAGUUAAUAAUGAAAGAACAGUAGAAAGAAAUGCAUUCUGAAAUAGAAAAUGUGGGUUGUGGACACCAGCAUUUUGUUCAUGUUGUGGUAAAACAAGCAUAUUUGCUUUGUUUGGGUUUAAAAUAAGCUCUGAAAAUAAAUGUUACAAAAAUGAGUAGCUCUUGGCCAUUUUCAUUUUGUAAAAGUAGCUCUCACAAGGAAAAACGUUGGUGACCCCUGCUCUACACUGUACUACGUUUUAUGAGAGGUUAUUUAUUUAUAUGCAUUGAAUUUUUAGGAAGGAAAAAGUGGCAUAGCUAGCCUUUUUCACAUCAACACCAUCUUCUGGAUCCGGUUUGGAAUUUGCACACUUGCUGCAUUAAACCACAGUUUCUUUGUGUCAUGACUCAAAGCGGCAUUAACUUAAUGGAGAAUAAGCUGGUCUCUGUUUCGUCUAUUAUUCGACGGUAUUCUUUUACGUUUAUUACUGCCGUACCAAGCCACUUUGCAUUUCACGGUUUUUCAAAAAUCUAUUCAUAAAUCAUGCUGUUUCAUGGUUCAAUACAGCCAAUUACUGGUUUAAAAAUAUGCAUACUUAAGCAAACUGUAUGUAUUUCUGGCAUAAAGUAAGUAUUUUCAAGCAUAAAAAUGUCUAAAUGAACUAAAACACAAAUAUAUAUUUGUAUAUGAUUUCAUUUAAGGCAUUCAGAAGACUGUAAUAAUAUGAGAGUAUUCUACACUCGUCACUAGGUGUCAGUAAGGUUACUAUAAUGUUCGGUGAGAAACAGAAGCACCAGACUUGAUGACCAGAACAACAGGCUCUUUCUUAUUGAAGGUUUGAAUUAUCUCACAACAGGCACAAUAAUAACACAAUAAUAAUAAUAAUAAUAAUAAUAAUCCUAAUAAAAAUACAGGCUACUGUCGUGACUAUAAUCCACGGCAAACUAAAACUCAACUCUGAACCCCCGACGUCACUUCCUGUCCAACACCGGAACAUAUUUAUGGCAACACACACGAGUAUGAGUCUUAUUUACAUCUUAAAUGGUCUAUCUUCUGUUAUUAAGUCUUUUAUAUUGCGUAAUAUGAGUGUAAAGUUAUUUCAUGUCUAGAAGGCUCUAAUAAUAUUAAAAAGGUCGUAAACAGGUUUUCUAUGCUCUAACUACAAAAAUAUUCAAUUAUAAAUAAGGAAUUGUAUUUCGCGGAAAGUCAUUUAUCACUUUCGGGUCUGGAACCAAUUAACUGUGAUAAACGAGGGAUGACUGUAUAAAACUUCACUUCUACCCAAUGAGACUAAACCUGAAUGUCUGUCAUCCAAGUCAUGCUAAUUACAGACUAAUUAGUUGAUUAAACAGAAUUUCUUGAAGAUGUUUUUCACCUCUCUAAGAGUCUUUCAUUCUUAUUAAUAAUUUUUAAACAUUAAUGUUUAAAGAUUUUCUAGGAAGGAAUAAGGGUAGCUGACCAAGCGGCCAUGGCUACUGGCAACGAACACAGGUGCAUUUUAUUGAGAUCCCAUGCCAAAUUCUGAGGGCUGUUGUUAUGCCAUUCAUCCACGACCAUUACCUCAUGUUGCAGGAUGAUAAUGCACGGCCCCAUCGUGCAAGAAUCUGUACACAAUUCCUAGAAGUUGAGAACACCCCAGUUUUUGCAUGGCCUGCAUGCUCACCGGACAUGUCACCUUUUGAGCAUGUUUCGGAUGCUCUGGAUCGGCUUAUACGGUACAUGAGGAAAAAGGUCACACCAGAUACUCACUGGUUUUCAGGUGCUGACGUAGCAGUCAGGAUUUAAUCAGUACAACACCAAAUGAACUUCUGAAGCCUUUCAAGAUAUACAGUAUUAACUUUAACCUAAUCAACUUUGUGUACGUGUGUGUGUGUGUGUGUGUGCGCGCAUGUGAAUAACUUUCUACCACUCUCCAGCAGUCUGGCGCUCACAGAAAUGUAUUCCACUCCCUUGUUUGUUCUUAAGCCUAAUUGGCCAUUAAAAGAUGCAUUCACUGUGGCAGAUGCUGUGGGAAAAUUUGUUGUUGGAAAUUAUAUAACAAUGUUCACGUUAGUUGAAUACUUUGAUGUUAAGUCCAAAGUCGUCAAAAUUGAUUUGAUUCCAUGUGACAGAGUCCACACCUCUGCCACUCGCCCCACAGAGGUAAAUUACUUUAAACCUGGCAAACAAGUCCAACCGAUAUUCAAUCAACAAGAGUGGACCAGAAAUAACAGACAAAAGCAAUCUAUUGUGACACUUUUUGAAGGACUACACAAGUGUUAAUGGCUUGUGUGU